ACGUCGUGUUCCUAUCGUAGAGGCAUAACAGUUAGGCUAUAUGUUUGUAAACCCACAAUCUCCGAUGGGAGCAUUCAAUCAUCAACAAACCUUCGGCUUUACUAGUUAUCAACAAAAUGAAGUCAAAGGAGGUGGAUGGUGAGCUGCGAGUGAUUGCACCUCGGUUGCUACUGAGCUGCAGAUUGACAAUCAGCCUUACUUGCUUAUUUACUUCUUUUGCCGCCAUCUUAAUGACGAUCAACCUAUCCAUGGCGAUUGUGUGCAUGAACAAGCGUUCAAAACAGCUGAAUAGGACGGACGAAAUAAAUAGCACCAAUUCAAGUUCAGGAUAUUUUGGAUUAAACAGCACUUGUAGCGAUGAUCUCACUACGGUACAAGAAAAAGAAAUGUAUUUAGACAAGCCAGCUCAGGGUAUGCUACUGGGAGCUGUUUAUUACGGAGUGGUCGCCGUGCAACUUUUGGUUGGUUGGCUAUGUGACAAGUUUGGCAAGUACAAACUUCAAAUGGCUCUCGGUUCCAGCGUUCUAGCAAUUGCAUCCUUCGCCUCUCCGGUAAUUCUAGAAAAUGCCGGUGUACCCUACUACUUUGCAUUGCGUAUUGUGAAAGGUGUCGCCAUGAGCUUUGCCCUUCAUUCAACGUUGCCUUUGUUAACUCGCUGGACUACUACCCAAGAACAAGGUCUGUUGAUGGGCAUUGCUUCUGCUGGUAUAGGCCUUGCCAAUUCAGUUACCCAUCCGAUUUCGGGACUGCUGUGUCAGCACGGAGGAUGGAAAGCGAUUUUCUACUUUGGUGGAGCCUGUGGUAUGGUGGCAUCGUUUCUCAUUGUGUGCUUAGUCUAUGACGGCCCAGCAAAACAUCCUCGAGUGGAUGCGGAGGAGAAGCAAUAUCUUCUUACUUUUCAAUUUCAGAGUCAAACUUCAAAGAAACGACGAGUAAUCCCGUGGGCGAAAAUACUUUGUUCCGUACCCGUUUGGUCUGUUGUCGUCACAAAUUUUUUCUUCUUCGCGGUGGUAAAAGGAAUAGUUCUCAAUCUGCCAAUCUUUGUCCGUGAUGUCCUGGACUUCACAGUUACUGAGAAUGGAAUCUUUUCUGCAAUGCCAUUAAUUGCAGCUCUUUUGCUCCACUUACUCAUUGGACCUUUUUUUGAUUACAUACGUAACCACAACAAAUACACCCCUACUACUGUGCGAAAAAUCUUCCAUGUCGUAGGUACGCUUAUGCCUGGAGCUUUGAUGUUUGUCUCCAGCCAGCUUUCAUCUGAGUACAAAUAUUUCAUCAUUUCGUUGAUAACGAUCAGUUAUUCUCUUACUGAGUUUGCCGUGAUGGGAGGCUUUGGAUACGCAAUGAUUGAUCUUGCUCCCGACUACAUCGGUAUUCUACAAGGGAUCAACAAAACCAUUAGUUUGGCUCCAGGAUUUAUUACGCCGCUUAUUGUAUCGGCUCUGACACCACACGGGUCGAGUGAGGAAUGGAAACAUGUUUUCAUUCUUUUUGGUGCGUUAUACGUUCUAUCAUGCUUAGUGUUUGUAACCUGUGGAAGUGCACAACAGCAGAGCUGGGGAAAAGCAAUCAAGAAAGACACAGUCAGUGUCCUCAGUGGUUCCAGUAAACCACGCAAUAAUUUUGCAUAGAAAGACCAUAGGGAAUUUAUUUCCAAAUAUUUUUGCCUUAUCAGUGUGAAUUAUUUGCAAUGAAAAUGCAACAAUGGUCUGGCCCUUUGAAA